ACAGUGCCGGAAACUGAGACUUGAGAAACUCAGUCUCGAAAGCGAUAUUGCCGAGUGUAAACGUGUUUACUUGGGCUUCGAUUGCAAAUACACAAAACCAACUUUACGAUGGCAAUUACGCGGCGGCUUCCGUGGCCGAAACUGCUGUUUUUGUUUGUCUGGCUGUGUCUGGCAUUGGAUCUAAAUCGCGCAGCUCGAGUGCCCAGCAUUUCGAAAAAUUCUACACAUCCUUCCACCGAGUCCAAGAUGAUAACGUUCGUCAAAGAACCUGAGCCAGAUAAACCUGCUCCUUGGGAUCUAACUGAAGCCACCACCAUUGCUAGCAAUGCCAAUUUCAAACCCAAUGCCAAUGCCAGUAGUGUGGAAAUUGGGCCUAGGAUUGUCCUGGAAACAUCGCCAAAGUGUCCAGAGGGCACCACCCUGACUGCAAACAGUCAUUGCCGGAAGAUUGCCUAGCCUAGUGCCAUAAGUCUGAGUACAGCUGAGAAUUAAUUGUCAAUGAAAUAAAUAUAUUCAAAAGUAUUAAGUGCAAA